CGAGCCGCGACCUUCGCCACAGUGGAAUAGAUAUUCACGGCAGACAUAUCACCCUUAAUCUCACCCUACAAUCAUGGCGAAGAAGAAGAAAUUCCAAGAAGACGACGAGGAGCAGUUUCAUGUCGAGGUUAUCACGAAGGCCAAGGUGAACAGCGCCGGCGACUGGGAUUACUAUGUCAGGUGGGCGGGGUACGGUCCCGAAGCCGACAGCUGGGAACCUUCUGAAAACGUCGAAGGCUGCGAUCGGCUCCUUAAGAGCUUCUGGAAGCACGUUGGCACAGAUGACAAUGACUACGAGGAAGGGUGCGUCUUCGAAGCUGAACCAGAAUGGAUAGAGAAGGAGAAGGAGUUCUUUCAUGCGCAUUUCGGUGAGCCGGAGGAAGUCAUCCGCAAGAAAAAGAAACGACAAGGGUCUGGGACUCAGAAGUCAGUGAUUGGCAAGGCGAUUAUGAGAAAGAAUGCUAAAGGAAAGACUACUCUGAAGAAACCGACAAUAGAGAACUCUGAAUCAUCGGAUUCUGAGGAUGAUGUACCUGUCACUUCGAAAGCUAGUUCCUCCAAGCGAGGUCGACAGUAUCAAUCAGAUUCAGCUUCAAGCUCGGAAGACUCAGAUAAGCCUUUGCGUAAGGCUCCACGAAAGUUUAGCGUCUCUAAACCUAAGGCAACCAAACAGGACAGUAUAAGUGCGACGAAACCUAGCAAGGGGAAAGAACCUGCAAGACCGCGGCCCAGUACGCCGGAGCAUGAUCCGUUAUUCUCGGAACCAUCUUCACCAGCAAUGACCGUGGAAAAGAAGCUCUCAGAGCCUACACCAACUGCCCCCACCAGCGCGGCCAACAACGUUCCUCUCCCGCCGAAAUCGGCAGCUCCUAACCACAAGAAUCGAGAGCCGAAAGUAAAACUCAUGACGCUCCCGAUGGGAAGCGACGCUGCGAACUUCACGGAGACGAAGAGACGUCUGGCUGAACGAACGGGUACUGUUGCAAAGUCGGCUUCUGCGCCCGGGCCUACUCCGCAACCGCCGGCAGGUCAGGCAAACACGAAGAAAGACCCUCUCAAGAAUCUCAGUUUUAAAAAGAACAAAUCUGUGUCGGGUUCCAUUCAGCGGACGUCGCCCACAUCACCCGUUGUAUCACAAGCAGGGCCGUCGCAAGACCCGAGAAGGCCCGCCGCGACUGGAUGGUUCCCAUCGGGACCCCAAGAGCCGCAAACUGUGGAAUCACCUGUGGCCGAGGUUGGCGGAGGGUGGGGUCGCGAACAGUCCCCUGCUCCUACUGGUGGAUGGGGCGCUGGUGCGGGAUGGGGUCGUGGUCAAUCGCCUGUUACGGGAGGCUGGGGAAACACUGUCGGUUCGGGCUCUGCUGAUUGGACUGCGCCUCAGCAAAACUCCAAUGCAGCGAAUUCCGUGCCUGUGGACCGCCCUCCCGAUCCCCGGAAAGCAGCCAUGGCGCGUCGGCAGCCAUCACCCCAAGAGCAGCAGAAGAAGGCAGCGGAAAACUUCUUGGCCUCUAUUAUGCCUGAGCAACUGGCUGCUCCGAUGCCUGAACCGACUGGCAAUGAAAUGGACGUGGACGCUCCUGCAGCCCCACCCCCGGUUACGAAAAAACCCGACUUACCUCAGACCCGCAUACCAAAAAAAUGGCAAUGGGGAGGCGAGCUGUACAUGGAGACGGCCCGGAAUCGAGCUAUACCGGCAGCUAGACUAUGCAACAUCUCUCUCUCAGAACCCACUGAGCCUCGACCAGGUGGCAUACGACUAAAUCUUUGUUGCACAGCGGAAAUUUCGACACUACGGCUCGAAAAGCUCCACGAUAUCACGGAUGUGUACUUGCUGCUGCGUGCAUGUGCACCUAUCCAGCAGCACUGCAAGGUGUCGCAUAGGGCAAUCGAAGACGAGGCAACCUUCAAUGCCUUCGCUACGUACUUGAGUCGGCGCCGUCAGUUCACAUACGCCCGUGUACACAUGGACAACAAUCAGGUUGGCGUACUGCUCCUCGUCCCGACUGCGUCGCACAACAUCUGCAAAGCACUCAAAGUGCCCGAGCAACUUCGCCAGCAUGCACUAAUUGCUGUCCUUAUCCCGUGGAAGCUCACCGUUGAACAGUAUCAGAAGUACGAGUGGCAGGCAGCUCAUGGGCGGCUCAACUUAGAUGACGGCCAUAUCUCGCUCGAGUUGGGUAGCAAGAUCUCGGACCUCAGCAAGAAGCUCACCGCCAACCCUCAGCUGGCGCAAGGUCUACGUUUACACCAUUUCAACGCAGCAGACUACGACUUCUUCACACGCGGAGUCCGGAAAUACUGCAUCUGGCACUACCCAUCAGAUGGCAGCCCAACGGACCUUGGGUUUGAGACGAGGCUUCUGGUGGCUAUUUUGGAUGAGUGGAACGCAGAGAGGGCGGGGUAUAAAGAGGACACCAGAGUUGUCUUUGUCCAUGUUGGGUCGCUACAUGAGCUGCAUAAGCUUCAGGCGCUGGCCCUUCGGCGAUACAAGCGGCCUGAGCUGCGAUUCUAUUCAUAUGGAACACAUGCGUCUGUCCCGCCGGGUCGCUGGGGCGUAAGGGAGAUAUACCCUGUUGGUGGCGUAGCUACAUUCUCUGCGAAAGCUAUUCUUCAAGACCCUUUCAAGGUCUACGAGCUCAUUGAGCAGUUCGAUGAACACCCGCUCUGGACCUGCUAUAUACAUCCCUCUGUCAUCGCUGCGGUUGCAAAGAUUAGUUACCCUGGCAGCGAUGUUAUAUCACUGCUUAGGCAGAACGACUUUUUUUACAGGCCGUUGCUGGACCUCAUCACAGAUGGCAAGAUAUCUCUUCUGGAAGCACCACCUCAAUCCCGCCAGCCGCGGACAGCUAAGGAUGACAUUUCAGUCAUGGUCGAUCCUGGGCUGCAGUGGGCCGAAUGGAUGCUCAACCUUUGUGAUCUGGACGCCACGGGUAUUAUGGAGGAAAGCCUGCGACUAUUCAAUGAGAAGCAUCCGAAGUUGCUCGACAAGGACUUGGUUUCUGUUAUUGACCAAGAGCUCAUCCAGGACAUAUUAUGGAUGCAGCUUGAGCCUGUCAUGAUGGACAACUACCGCAGGUUCGUGAUGUUUACCGAGACGCGCAAUGAACUGCCCCAAGAGAACGGGAUCGAGUUCGUGUCUAUCGCUGAGGACUUUAACUUCAGAGAUGAAUACUUCGGCAAGCCGUAGUUCGCGAGAUUUCGUAUUAUGCAGUUACCCUGUUUUUACUCUGCUUGCAUAACGUCAUACGGAAUAUAUGUCCCAUACUGUAAUUACUCGCGUUCGCAUGUGAUUGUACGCC